AUGGCCGGGCAACCGCGGCAGCCGGUGGUCAGGCAGCAGCAGCAGCAGCCCCAAAACACCGAACCGUUUACCCAGUUGCUGGGCACUUCACAAACAACAUCAAUAACAACAACGGACACUUACUUCACUUUUCCCAGCACAAUGUUGAUGGAAAAACCCCUUUUCCCCCAGGCGCUCACCACAACAUUCCACUCCAGGGUGGAAAACGAAAAUACCGCGCUCUAUAUCACAACACAGACCUCGCGAGGCAAGAAGCGUAACGCGACAGUGGUGAAUUAUGCCGAAGAUUUCUUUGAAGAAAACAGCGAUGAUGACAAUAGUGACGACUCGUUAACAUCGUCAUCGCGAAGACGUAAUGGUAGUAGCAUGUUCCUGAUGCUGCUGGUGGAUCCGAACAACCUUACCGGGAACGCGUUAUUGAACAAUUUCCAAGGCAAACUCGCAACCAAGACCCCUCACCAGCGAUUCACCAACUACGAAAUGGUGAGGAACGCCAACGCUGGAGAAACCCUCGUACCCAUCCGGAUUGAUUUGGAUCACAACAAUGGCAAUAAUCGGAUUGUCGAUUUCUUUAUGUGGAACCUUCAUGAAACGCUACUCACCCCAGAAAAGUUUGCGGAAAUCAUGUGUCAGGACCUUGAAUUUUCCGCCGGGGUUCAACAACAAAUUGCCAAUUCCAUUCAAUUGCAACUCGAUGAUUAUUCUCAAUCCAUGCCAAUUCAAUUGGCAGAAGAUCUUCAUAUCCAUGUGGUGAUUGACUUGACCGUGAACUUGGAAAAACAAUUCUAUGAUGAUAAAUUCGAAUGGGAUUUGACGUGUAGUGAGGGGUUGACUCCAGAACAAUUUGCAGAGAUCGUGGUGGCAGACCUAGGAAUUUCUCGUGAAUUCUAUCCGGCAAUUGCCCACGCAUUGCACGAAGCAAUCAUAAAUUCCAAAAAAGACGCCCUCGAAGGAAGACUUCCUCAAGAAGUGGUGAAUGGGGCAGCAUACGGUAGAGAAGCGGGAUGGCGGUUCGAUCCCGAGAACUUGGGGCAAGAAUGGUGUCCAACGGUGGAAACUUUGACCCAACAAGAGAUUGAAAAGCGGGAAAUGGAAAAACAAAGAAACAUGAGAAGAAUGAAGAGAGACACCAAAAAAGUUGAUGAUGGAAGAAGAGGUAGAAGAAGUAGAAGGUAUGACGAAUUGGAAGGUACUUGGGUCACUUAUUAA